UCCGUAAGCAAGGCUAUAUCUCCUCAAGAGCCCUGAGGGUGAAUGGAUGCUGGUUGGCUGGUGGGGAGGUGCCUGAAUUUCCCUGUCUCCAGUCUACUUAUUUAUUGCUGAGUUUGCCACCAGUUCUCUAUCAGUGAGGUUCCAGGUCAUUUUGAAUUUGGUCUUUAAAGCACCUUGUUUCCCUUUAUCUGAAACAAGCUCCUUCCUUGAUUUAUGGGACACAGCAAUUCCCAGGUUUUUGGACAUAGAUCCCUCUUUCAGGGCCCACAGUGCCAUGUAGAUCAUAACCAUAAAGUAACAAUCCCCUGGCCUUUUUAGAAGCCUGUGACAGGAACCAAACCUCUCCAGUCUGAGGCUGGAGCACUGACAUAUGCUUGCAUAAGAGGAAGUAUGAACUGAUUGUUAAAUAUUUGAACUGCAAGAGAAAGAGGAAGCAAUGAGAAACAAAAGCACUCUCCAUGUCCGAGUCACAGGACCAACUACUCUGGCAGGCCACAUCUGCUGCAGCCAAAUUGCUGCUUUCCUGCCUGUGACGCAGGGAGCUAAGUUUCCAAUUAAAUCUUUGUGGACAAAGGGCACACAUGGCAUCCUCAGAUAACAGGUGGCAAUAAAUCCAUCAGCACAUCCACUUUCAGAGAAGAGUCCCUGCUGAACUGCGAACAGCUGCCAAUAGCUCAGAGUACCUCACACAAGGUGAGCUCUAAGAAUUUCCCUGCUCUCCUGUAAAGCCUGUAACUGCAGUCAUCCGUAAGGGCCCAGCAGAGAAGCCGGCCCCAGCCCAGCCCUCACCAUGCUCAGGGCAGCUUGGGACGCUCCUCAGCGGUUGCUGAAGCAGGGGAGGGAGUCCCGGAAGCUGGUGCUGCUGGUGGUGUUUGUGGCUCUGCUCUUGGACAACGUGCUGCUCACUGUGGUGGUGCCCAUUGUGCCCACCUACCUAUAUGCCACAGAGUUCAAAGAAGUCAACACUUCUCUUUACCUCGGCCCCACCAUGACUUCCCAACCUGCCCUCACUUCCGCCUUUUCCACCCUCUUCUCCUUCUUUGAGAACAACACCCUGGCUAUUGAAGAAGGUGUGCCCAGUGACACAGCAUGGACAAGUGGCACUUCAGGCACCAUCCCCCCUCCACUCACCAAAGCCACCCCAGCGCAUGGAAAUAACUGCUUUCAAGGCACAGAGUACUUGAAGGAAGAGAACAUAUGGGUUGGGCUUCUGUUUGCAUCCAAGGCUCUGAUGCAACUUCUGAUUAACCCAUUCGUGGGGCCUCUCACCAACAGGAUUGGAUAUCACAUUCCCAUGUUUGCUGGCUUUGUUAUCAUGUUUAUCUCCACAGUUAUGUUUGCUUUUUCUAGUACCUAUACCAUGCUCUUUGUGGCCCGAACUCUUCAAGGCAUUGGAUCUUCAUUUUCAUCUGUUGCAGGUCUUGGGAUGCUGGCAAGUGUCUACACUGAUGACCAUGAGAGGGGGUGGGCCAUGGGAAUUGCCUUGGGGGGCCUGGCCUUGGGAGUGCUGGUGGGAGCUCCCUUCGGAAGUGUGAUGUAUGUGUUUUUCGGGAAGGUUGUGCCCUUCCUCAUCUUGGCCUUCCUGGCACUACUGGAUGGAGCACUUCAGCUUUGCAUCCUACAGCCUUCCAAAAUCUCUCCUGAGAAUGCCAAGGGGACUCCACUCCUCACUCUUCUCAGAGACCCUUAUAUCCUGGUGGCCGCAGGCGCCCUCUGCUUUGCCAACAUGGGGGUGGCCAUGCUGGAGCCCACACUGCCCAUCUGGAUGAUGCAGACCAUGUGUGCCCCUGAGUGGCAGCUAGGUCUAGCUUUCUUGCCUGCCAGUGUAUCCUACCUCAUUGGCACCAACCUCUUUGGCGUGUUGGCCAACAAGAUGGGUCGGUGGCUGUGCUCCCUAAUUGGGAUGGCGGUAGUAGGUACCAGCUUGCUUUGUGUUCCUCUGGCUCAUAAUAUUUUUGGUCUCAUUGGCCCCAAUGCAGGGCUUGGCUUUUCCAUAGGCAUGGUGGAUUCCUCUAUGAUGCCCAUCAUGGGACACCUGGUGGACCUGCGUCAUGCCCCCGUGUACGGGAGUGUCUAUGCCAUCGCCGACGUGGCUUUUUGCCUGGGGUUUGCUAUAGGCCCAUCCACUGGGGGUGCCAUUGUGCGGGCCAUUGACUUCCCCUGGCUCAUGGUCAUCAUCGGGGUCGUCAACAUCAUCUACGCUCCUCUCUGCUACUACCUGAGGAACCCCCCGGCCAAGGAGGAGAAGCUCGCAAUUCUGAGCCAGGACUGCCCCAUGGAGACCCGGAAGUAUGCAGCCGAGAAGCACACGAGGGAAUUUCCUCUGGGGGAGGACAGCGAUGAGGAGCCUGGCUGUGAGGAGUAGCAGCAGAAACUGGUCCCUGGACCUUGUCAUGUGAGGCUCAGACUUCAGUGACCAGCUCAUUCCCUGGACCCAGGUCACCAAGGGCUGUUCAACAGGCUUCACUUCCCUCUCACCUGGUGUCUCCUUUCCUCCCCUCCCAUGAAUGCUGUUCCCCGGUUCUCUCCUCACCUGUGUCGCUCACAGCUGUCCCUCUAAGCUUUGAUGCCUCAGCUGGCCCACCUUUUGUGGGAGGACAGAGUGAUGCUUCCUCCUCGGCGUCUGUAAACCGGUGACGGGUUCUACGAGGGGUGACUCACUUCACGGAGGCGGCAGUGAGCACCGUCUUCCCUGAAACCCGUGGGGUGGCUGACAAACCUCAUUUCAUCUGUUAUCUGAUUUUCUUUGGCACCUUCCCAACAGACUGUUAGAGUUUUGUUCUCUGUUCCUGAACGUGGUCCUCUCUGAGUUUUCCCCGAUGAGUUGAGAGAGUGUCCUCAACAUUACAUU